AUGGCUGGCAUGGGCCCGAAUCGCAGGCCUUUGCUUGCGGCGGCAGUUUUCCUGCUUUCUUGGCAGACCUCCCAGCUGGUCAUGACGGCCUUUAUUGGUGGCAGAUCUACAGCCAGACAAGUGAGAAUAUCUCGGCAAGCUGAAGGCUACUCGCUUCGAUACUUCGACGUCCGCGGAGCUGCCGAGACCAUUCGCCUGCUCUUUGCAGCAGCUGGACAGGAUUACGAGGACUUUCGAUAUCCGCUGAACUUCGGCGUGCCGGGGGACUUCUCGACUAUCCAGCGCAAGGAGUUCGACGAAGAUAAGGCUUCGGGUAUUCUGGACAUUGCCCUCGGCAAGGUGCCCGUCUUGAAUGUAGGCGACUUCACGCUCCCGCAGAGCAAGGCCAUCGAGCGAUAUCUGGCCAGAAAGCUGGGGAUGAUGGGCGACGACGAAGUGGAGGAGGCCUUGGUCGAUGCCAUGGCCGAGCAUGUGCGCGACAUCAACGAUGCCUACAGCCGAAAGGGGCUCUUCUUCAUGAAGGAUGAAGAGAAGAAAGCAGAGCUGCAAAAGAAGUGGUAUGCGGAGGAACUGCCCGACUGGCUGUCGAAGUUGGAGAAGGCUCUUCCCGGCAGCGAUGGCUAUGCUGUCGGCAGCAAGGCGUCUCUUGCCGAUGUGGCCAUCUUCAAGCUCCUGAAGGACACAUAUCCAGAUGAUGUCUCCGCAGUCUACGACUCCUGCCCGAAAGUCAAGGCGAUCGUGGACAACAUUGCGAAGAACGAGGGCAUCAAGAAGUGGUUGGCAGACAGGCCGGAAACCUUCUUGUGA